UUUGAACAUUUAACUGAAAUAUAAAUUGUGCUCAAAUCAGGGAGGUAAAAAGAUUUCUAUUUUUCUACUUAAACUUUCAUUUUGUUCAAUGAAUUGAAAGAGCAAUUUGCCGUCAUUAAUUCGUGAGCGGUCCAUCUUAGCGGUCAGUGUCACAAGAUUUGCAUUCAAAAUAGCCAAAUGGAAACGUAAAUAAGUACUCAGUAAUUCCUAAAUUUUUCAUGAAUUAAAAAAAGAAUAACGCUAAGGAACAAAUUUGAUAAAUUGAAAGAAUAACGAGAAAUGUAAAAUCUUAAUUGCUCGAGCUCCCAUUUAUUGUAUGAGUGAGAAAUUCGUAAAUUUGGAUUGCCUGGUCUCUGCCAAUCAGAAUGAAGUAAUUUUCUCAGUCAUAUCGUUAUCAUAGUUAUAAAGAUUAUAGCAAAUAUAAUAACGUGUACGUUUCUCGGUGGCAAACUUUCAAAGAGUGAUGUACACUGCAGGAAAAUACAGAAACUCACAGCUGGGAAUUUUAUUAAUGCGCUUUUCAACAACUUGUCUCGCAGUUGUGUAGAUGAUAUGGUAAGGUUGUCCGGGGUUCUUGUUGGGUUACAAGUUGUAGCAUUUUAGUUUUAUUGGUUGAAAAUAUUAUUUUCAGUCGUGACUUAAGUUUAUGCUGUUUUCUGACAGUCGGAAAAGUCUUCCUGUGUCAGUAGUGAAGGUUAAAACACGGACAUUGUGUUCAGUAGUAUUUGUACAGCUGUAAACAAAAAUAGUAUACAUUACGUAUAACUGAUGCUACUUUGUUUUUAAUGAGCAUUUAAAUUAUUCCAUUAGAACGUAUUGCUACUUGAUUCAAAGACUGAGAUACAGUUUUGAAAUGCAGAGUUCGCCAGAAGUCGUUUUGAUUUCAUUCUCGGUGUUUAAAUCUGUCCCUCCGAAUGAAUUUCGAGUGAACAAAAGCGGCCCUGACGACACACACGUACGCCUCCCAGAUAACACACAAGUCUCAAUCAUUAGCGAUAAAGAAGAGUUUACUAACACGUUGAAGACCAACAUUGUAAAGUCAACUAGUGACCUGGAAGCUUUCCGCAAUCAGAUCCUUAAUCGUCCGCUUUUGCUGUUUGUAACUUGCGGCAAACACGUCCCACACGGGCAAAGGUACGUCUUACAGCUUAAGCUUUUGGUUUGUAAAUUUUGCCGUUAGAACUUAAAACCAGUCACUUUUUUACCUUCAAUAUCGUUUUAAUGCGGUAUUACCUCAAGGUAUACAUCUAGCUGACAUAUUUUGAUCUCUUUGGGUUACGGAAUACUUCAAGCGCCAGAAACUGGUCGUAUCAAAGUCUCGCCGAUUUUGCUAGAAGACGAAAUCGUUUGGAAAAAAAAUUGUCGAGAUUUCACGAGACAAACGGAUGAAUUAUUUACCUUUUCAAUGGCUGGAUUUGCUAAAUAGCCGAAAAACACGACUCGGCCAAUUUUCGUGAAUAAAAUUCUUGAUACACCUGCGGAGCCAAUUGUAAGGUUUUCAACUCUUCGUCAGUUAGGCCUCAAAAACAAACUACAGUCUACACAAUUAAAGCUAACAGUGUUGAAAAUUAAGCUGACGUCUCUUUCUUAUUUUAUUUCCUUUUUUCUGAACGACGAUCAGAUUGAACAACAGGGGACAAUACUUGAGUUUUCGGGAUCCCGAGUGGUGGAUCCAAUCUAACAGCACACCCUGGCGGAACCCCUAUGCCCGGUGGGGUAAUGAGCACGGUACCUCCUUUUACGAGGAGCGAUAUAUUCGACCGGAGUUUGUGGUCAGCGUUGAUACUUCCAAUCCUAACGUGAGACGUAAAUUAGAAGAUGGACUCGACAUGGCUGAGGACAUGCUGCGUGAAAAAGCGAGUUUUGCUAUAGAGUUUAACUUCAAUCCCAUGAUUCUUCGUUGGUGGAAGAGUCAAGGGAUCAAGCGGUACGACUCGUUGGAAUGUCUUGAAAUGACGGCAACGGUUGGAGCCAAUUUUGUGGUCACAAACUGUUCUGCUGUCAAUCAUUUCUUCGACUGUCACCCAGCCUGGUGCGCCUGUUGGCCUUGUUAUCUUCUGUUGGCAGUCCCUUACAAGAUCUGGCGUAACGCGGUGCAAGGAAUUCGUGACGUGUCUGUCAUGAUGGAAGGAAAUGCGCUCUCUACUAAUCCUGGUUCCAAUUACUGCUUGGCUGACCUUCACCAGUUCCCUGUGCACAGUACUCAGCCCAGCGUUGGGGGCAUGGUACCUAGUGCAGUUCCUGGAGUAGCUCAUGGGAUUCCUGUCCAUACAUUUCUGCCUCCGCCUUCCUUGCAUGGAACUCUGGAUAAUCCACGCUUCAAGACAAACUAGAUAACACACACUUGGAAAAAAGGGGUGUUUGUGGAGGCGGGGGUGGG